CAUGACCCCAGCACUGUGCCAUGGCUGUGUGUCCCCAUGUCACCAGCACUGUCCCCACGCCACCAGCACUGUGCUAUGGCCGUGUGUCCCCACGUCCCCAGCACUGUCCCCACGUCACCAGCACUGUGCUAUGGCUGUGUGUCCCCACGUCCCCAUCACUGUGCUAUGGCUCACUGUCCCCACGUCCCCAUCACUGUGCUAUGGCCGUGUGUCCCCAUGUCCCCAUCACUGUGCUAUGGCCAUAUGUCCCCAUGUCACCAGCACUGUCCCCACGUCCCCAGCACUGUUCUGUGUCCAUAUGUCCCCAUGUCACCAGCACUGUCCCCAUGUCCCCAGCACUGUGCUAUGGCUGUGUGUCCCCAUGUCACCAGCACUGUCCCCACGUCCCCAUCACUGUGCUAUGGCCGUGUGUCCCCAUGUCCCCAUCACUGUGCUAUGGCCGUGUGUCCCCAUGUCCCCAGCACUGUGCUAUGGCCAUGUGUCCCCAUGUCCCCAGCACUGUGCUAUGGCUGUGUGUCCCCACGUCCCCAGCACUGUGCUAUGGCCGUAUGUCCCCAUGUCCCCAUCACUGUGCUAUGGCCGUGUGUCCCCAUGUCCCCAGCACUGUGCCAUGGCCGUAUGUCCCCAUGUCCCCAUCACUGUGCUAUGGCCGUGUGUCCCCAUGUCCCCAUCACUGUGCCAUGGCUGUGUGUCCCCAUGUCCCCAUCACUGUGCUAUGGCUGUGUGUCCCCAUGUCCCCAUCACUGUGCCAUGGCUGUGUGUCCCCAUGUCCCCAUCACUGUGCCAUGGCUGUGUGUCCCCAUGUCCCCAUCACUGUGCCAUGGCUGUGUGUCCCCAUGUCCCCAUCACUGUGCUAUGGCCGUGUGUCCCCACGUCCCCAUCACUGUGCUAUGGCCGUGUGUCCCCACGUCCCCAGCACGUCCACGUGUCCCCCCAGAGCCGCUCCAUCGGAGCCCCAGGUGCACAGCAGCCCCAUCUCCCCUCGUUCCCCCCCCACCGAGCGCCGCUCUCCCCCCUUAAUAACUCCUCCUCGCGACCCUUUGCCUCGUCCCUCGUCAGCUCGGCGCCGUUUAAUUGCCCCGUGGAGCGGAGCUCUGCAAAGCGUGACGGAUGGGUGCAGCCCUGGGGGCCGCCGGCCCAGCUGCUCCUCCGCGGCCCCUUAAUGAGCCUUGCUGCUGCCCCGUGCAGCGGUUCAGGUGUGCGCUGCUCGCCUCGUCGCCCCGCUGCUGCCCGCAGUAAUUGGUGCAGCUGUGCCCCGCGGCCCUCCUGUGCUCCUCAAAGGACCGGGGGGGUCCUCAGCGCUUCCUAAAAGCAGCUUUGGGUCGGAGCCCCUCUGCCCUCUCUAUGGCUGCUGAAGGGAGGCUGCAGGGAGCUGGGGGUCGGCCUCUGCUCUCGUGCCAUCAGUGAUGGGAGCAGAGGGAACGGCUUCAAGCUGCGGCAGGGGAGAUUCAGGCUGGACGUGAGGAAGAAUGAGGUGUCAGAAAGGUGGGCAGCACUGCAAUGGAUGCCCAGGGAGGUGGGGGAGGCGCCGAGCCUGGGGGUGUUGAAGGCAAGGCUGGGUGCUGUGCUGAGGGCCGUGGUUCAGUGGGAGCUGUUGGUGAUGGGGGAGCGGUUGGACUGGGGGAGCUUUGAGGUCUUUUCCAACCUCGGGGAUUCUGUGAUCCUAUGAUCAUAAACCCAUGGGAUGGUUGGGUUGGAAGGGUCCUUGAAGAUCAUAAACCCAUGGGAUGGUUUGGUUGGAAGGGUCCUUGAAGAUCAUAAACCCAUGGGAUGGUUGGGUUGCAAGGGUCCUUGAAGAUCAUAAACCCAUGGGAUGGUUGGGUUGGAAGGGUCUUUGAAGAUCCACAGGGCUGUGAGGAGAGGCUGAAGGAGCUGGGAAUGUUCAGGGUGAGAAGAGGAGCUGAGGGCAGAGCUCACUGCUCUCUAUGGCUGCUGAAGGCAGGCUGCAGGGAGCUGGGGGGCGGCCUCUGCUCUCGUGCCAUCAGUGAUGGGAGCAGAGGGAACGGCUUCAAGCUGCGGCAGGGGAGAUUCAGGCUGGACGUGAGGAAGAAUGAGGUGUCAGAAAGGUGGGCAGCACUGCAAUGGAUGCCCAGGGAGGUGGGGGAGGCGCCGAGCCUGGGGGUGUUGAAGGCAAGGCUGGGUGCUGUGCUGAGGGCCGUGGUUCAGUGGGAGCUG